AUUCCUUCACCAUUAUUCUCCCAUUUUAAUAACACACCUUACUAAAACCUUUAACAAUCUUAAUCAAGCUGAUGUCCUAAAAUUAAGGGAUCACAAUAUUUUUUUUAUAAAAUUAAAACAGAGAGAAAUACAACCCAUAAUAGUUAGAAGCUCCUAAAAGUAAUGCAAAUAUAAUAUCAUAAUAAUCAUAAGAGUAAGAAAAACGAGCAUGCAGCCUGCACAGAAUCUUACGUCGUCAAACCCCAAAUAUUUUUUUUUCUAAAAAAUAAUUUACUCCUCCUAAUAAUCCUCCCACGAAAAUAAAUAAAUAUAAAAUACAAAAUAUAAAAAUAUAAAUUAUAAAAUAUAAAAUCCCAUCACCCUCAGAUCCAGCGAUACAACUACUUUCCAAGCCCAAAACACACUCACAGAAUAUAAAAGCCAUAGUAGCGGAAACCAGUUCAGGAUUUCUGAAAGCUACAGUUUUUCCUUUGAAAAAAAACUGCAUUAUUUCAUCACAAUACAAAAAAAUAACAGAAGAAAAUCAUCAAGAUCAGAUUUUUCAGAUCAGAUCAUUAAUUAGAAGAAAUGGGUAGCAGUUAUUUUGGAAUUCCAAAAAUGGGAAAUUCUUCAUCUUCUUCAUCAUCAAGAAAGAGUAAAAAAAGCAGCUCAGAUAAGCCUAAACAACCUCAAAGAGGUCUUGGUGUUGCGCAGUUAGAACAAAUUCGACUGCGCACUCAGAUGGGCUGUAAUGGAUAUUCAACAUCAUCCGCUGCAGCCGCAACCUUUCAUCAGGAAGAAGAUAUGAGAUUGCAAGGAGUACCAAAUAAUUAUGGAGUACAACAAUCUUCAACUUCAUAUAAUCCUUAUUAUUCAUCACAAUCUUCACCUCCAACUUCUUCCUAUGCUCAUCAUCCAAAUUUCAUGAUGGUAUUUGGAGAUCAUGAUAGAUCAAAUUUAAGAUAUGAAGAUUCUCAGCCAAGUAAUGCACCAAGAUGGAACCCUAAUUGUGUACUAGAGAGCUCAACAUAUACACAAUCAGACACGGCUUCUCGACACCGAAGUAGCUAUUUUGAGGACUCAAGACAUCAAAGAAUUGAUUUCUUGAAAUCAAUGGGCUCGAGUGGCCAGAAUGCUGAAUCAAUGGAACAUGAAGAAGUGGAUUUGGAGCUCAGGCUGUCACUUUAAUCAAUGAAUUAGAUGGACUUAAUUAUGGUCUACAUGUAAACUUAGGUUUUAUAUGAUAUGAUGGCUAGAAGUUGAAGAAGAUGCAGUAUAUACUUAAUGUUGAUUGAUCAUCAUGAGGGGAGAACUACAUAUAGCUGGAGGAGGAUAACGUACCAAGAUCGCUUAUUAGAGUCGAUAUAUACUUUAAAACUUAUGAAUUUAUGAUAUAUAAGUUUUAACGCGUUACAAAGACAGAGAUCGAGCAGCAGAUUGGAUGGCAAACGUUUACGUGAUGUUAGAUGAAAUAUAUAUACAACAUUGUUGUUUGCCCUGGUGCAUAUAUAAGUGAAGAGCUAUAAUAUUUUCUCUAUUCAAUUUUCUAUUUGCACCCCUUGUUCUCUUGUUGAUCAAUGUUGCAAAUGGAAAUGAGAACAAUGUAAGAAGAUUGGGAAUUAUAUUGAUGAUAUGAACAAAUGCAUCUUUCAUUCCUGUGUAAA